UAUUCAUAAUAUUAUCUUAUGUAAGUUAAUAACAGUUUUGUGGGUGAGGUUCUUUAAAAUUAGAGCAACUGUCACUGGAAAAAGGAGACCAGGCUAGCUUCUCAGGGAGUCUCAUGGGAAUUUAUAUCUGCUCUAAAGGAUCGAUUUUGAGAUAAUCCAUUGUGAACAUUUGAUUCCAAUUAGUAGCAGAUUACAUUUAUUCAAAGUUUACUAUACGCCUGGAAAUGUGCAAAACUUUUUAGCAUAAAUUAUCAUAUUUCUUUCUCACAACUACAUAAUGAAGGAAUACUAUUAUCUUUCAUUCUAUAGAUGAGGUAGGUCAUUGUGGCUCAGAGAGGUUAAAUCUCUUGUGCAGGUCUAUAUAAGCAAAGAAAUGAUAGAACUGAGAAUAGAAAUUGCCAUUCUAACUCUAGGAUGUGUAGUCUUUACUAUACCAUAUUUGUUCUUUACAGCAAUUAUUUUAGUCCAGGCUUUUUUUCUAAACUUUUUUGUUUUCCUAGCUUUUUCUGUAUGCUUCUUUAUUCAGCUGUAUGAGCAGAUACACAUGAGAUUUUUGUUAUAACGGUCCACAAAGUCCAUUUUUGGCAGCCAAAAGGAUUUAAAUGACAAUGUAUGGAUGCAUAUAAGUAAUCAUAUAUUGUGUUAGUUUCUUAGGACUGCCGUAAUCAAUAGCACAAACCUGGUGCCUUAAAACAACAGAAAUUUAUUUUCUCACAGUUCUGGAAGCCAGAAGUCCAAAAUGCGUUGGCAGGGCUGAUUCCUUCUGGAAGUUCUGAGGGAAAAUCAGUUCCAUGAUUCUUUCCCAGCUUCUGGGUGGCUGGAAAUCCUUGGCAUUCCUUGGCUUGUGGUUGCAUAACUCCAGUCUCUGCCACCAUCUUCACAUAGCUUUCUCCUCGUGUGUCUCUAUGUAUCAAAUCUCCCUCUCCUUUCUUUUAUAAGGACACUCAUCAUUGGCUUUAGGGCCCACCCUAAAUUGAGGAGGAUGCUGACUGAGAUUUUUAACUUAAUUACAUCUGUAGAUAAAGACCCUGUUAACAAAUAUGGUUGCGGUCACAGGUACCCGAGGUUGGGACUUGAAGAGAUCUUUUUAGAGGCCACUAUUUGACCCACUACGUAUUUUGAACAUUUGUAUUAAAGAAAUGGGUAAAAUAGUACAAGUAUAAUACAAACUUUAGUUUCAGACCAUUUCAAUUCAUGGAGUAUUUAGUUUUAAGGGUAUUUUAUAUAAGAAUGUUAUUUUAUAUGCAUUAUCUGAAUGCUGAAGAUAUCCCCCAAAGAUUUUAGAUUUAGAUUUCAUUUUCUUUUCGCUGUUUCUCUAGUACAAAUAUAUGCUAAUCAUCAUCUUUCACUUAUUCCCAGGAUAUGCUAUUACAUAUGCACAUUUAGUUCCUCAUUUCUUGAAACUUCGAUAUUUGAAAUUAUUUUUAAGAGACUCUAAAUGGCAAAAAGCCGUUACAUAUUUCAAUGAGGUCUCCUGGUUCUCAUCCCAAAGCACUUACUGUGUCAUGAUAGCACUAGAUUGUGAGGAGAUAAUGCAUUCGAAAGAUUGACAUGGCAAAGAAGAUGUAAUAAUAUUCGAUGAUUGGCCAAAAUUGAGGGCAUCUAAGGGAGAAAAGCUAAAGAUACACUAAGCUGGGCAUCAAGAAAUUUGGAUUCCAUUCUGAGCAUUUUACAGGUUCUGCACCUCUGCAGAGUAGAACGGAAAAGAAAAUUCUAGAGAAUAAAAUGAAUAUAGAGAUGACCAUGGCAUGCAGAUUGCUGAGAGCUCUGGAGAGGGUGAUUCAUGAAGAAAUGUGGACCUCAAAUUUUGAGCAAACUUUUAGAGAUGAAAAAAGAGGGAACCAAGGAUUAUUGGUGAUUCAUAUUUGUUUAAAGCCAUCAAUAUGUAUUUUUGACACAAACAGAAAUACUAGAUUUAUUUUUAAAAGUUAGGCGCUUGUUGGGGAGGAGCUGCUAACUGAACAGCUGGGAGCGUUGUUGAUAAAGUAUCAGCAAAAGAUGCUUGAAGUAAUAUAAUUACAAAAAAAGACGCAUAUCUACUUAAACUAUUUUAUUUUAACCUAAAACUUAUACAACUGUAUUUAUCUGUAAACUUUUCCUGUACGGCCUCUCCUUCAAGUGUGACUCUGGUGAUUGGCUUUCUACAAAGAUUUUCUUAUGUAAAGAAUACUCGUUACAGACCAUCCCCAUGAUUGCUUCGUCGAAUGGCACGGAGAACUUAGGGACACCUAUAGGCGACCAAAGUGCAAAUUCCCUCUACAUUGUAAUAAUUUCAUCUCAAUCUUUUAGAGCUGUGUUGCCCACGUAUAAUGGACGAUGGGAGAAAAUACCUGACUGAAUUGUGGUUUAUUUAGAAAAGAAGAAUGAGGAAUGGGUGCUUGUUGGACGUCCAACAGUUUUCAUUACAAUAAGCAUGUGACGGGAUUGGGGGGAACAGAAUUGCUGAAAUAAAUCAUGUGGGGCAAAGUCUAGAAGCUGUAGGUGUUCAGUUAGCGAUGGGCGCUGGUUGGCGCGGUUUACACUUUAAUGGAGUGUGUCAGUUAAUCGUGAGUGGUGAACUAGUUAAGUGGAACUCUGUUUUCAGAAGUUCUGCUCUUCUCAUUGAGUUUUAAAAGUGCCACAAAAGGCUCACAGAAGAUUUGAGGGGAAAAAAUUUACAGAGAAAAUUAGAUAUGAGCCAUCUUUGAAGGACAAGAUAGUAUAGGGAGUCAUGAUAAGGUGAGUGCCUGUUUGUUUUGUUGGGUUGAGAAAUUAUUAAUGCCUGGCAUUCAUUUCACAGACUGAGAGAUAAGGGGCAAGACAUUUCCAGCAUUGAUUUCGGGUCGUGAGAGAGCAUUUCUGUGACGACUGGUCAUCUAGCUGUGUAGCUGUCCUUGGGUGGUCUUUUCCUGGGUAGCCAUUCUCAUCUCACUUGAGCGUGGUCAGUCCGAGACGAAGUGUAGGUGUGACAUUCUUGGAUUGUUUAACGCUGUGUUUAUUGUGUCAUGUCUUUGAUAUAUAUAUGUGCACAUUUAGUUUAAGAUCGGGUUCUUUGAACAGAUAUGCCUUGAAAAAUAAGGUUAAAUCAUUGUUUUUUUAAAAAAUAUAACUUUGUUAUUAUAAAAACAAGUAGGAUCUUAUUUUUGGAUAAUAAAUUUUAUGCCAAAACUCUGAGCAAUGCUUAUAAAUAUCUGCCUUCUUAAAAAUGUUAUGUACUUUAGGCUCUGCCAAAAAAGAAACUUUUUGCUUACUAAGUAUGUUUUGAAAAAUUGUCUUCUCUGUUUUCAUGACCUAUUUGUAGCGCUAGCUCUGAACCAGGUGCACCUCCUCUCCAUUCAGUUAUGCAAGACGAUUUUCCUAAAUCAUUAGCCUCACACCACUCUCCGAAGCAAUUUGCGCGGUCUGCCAGUUGCCCCCGCUGUCACAACAGAGCACUGUACAAUGGUUUCCAAGAUCCUUUUUGCUUUACUGGUUUUCUCGGAUCCCUCCAGCGAAACUCACUACACCUCCCUUAACUUCUUUAAUCCCACAGGGGACAGUGAGAGGGAACUAUCUCAAGAGGACAAGAAGCAGGAUGAAAUGGUGAAGUUCCAUGUGAUUCCAUCUGGUAUACAUAGGAGAGAAAGUGAUUGAAGGAGAACUCAGAUGGCAACUGUAUGAUUGAAACUAUCCAAAGCCAAGCAUCUGUAUGUUCUUUCAGCUGUAUUUGAGCAUACCCAGGAUAUAAAGUGUGAUUGAACCAAACAUUUAUUUGGCUAAUCCUCAUCAUGAACCGUGCUUUUAGGAAGAAAGACAAAACUUGGAUGCAUACGCCUGAAGCUUUAUCAAAACAUUACAUUCCCUAUAAUGCAAAGUUUCUUGGCAGUACAGAAGUGGAGCAGCCCAAAGGAACAGAAGUUGUGAGAGAUGCUGUAAGGAAAUUAAAGUUUGCAAGACACAUCAAGAAAUCUGAAGGCCAGAAAAUUCCUAAAGUUGAAUUGCAAAUAUCAAUUUAUGGAGUAAAAAUUCUAGAACCCAAAACAAAGGAAGUCCAACACAAUUGCCAGCUUCACAGAAUAUCAUUUUGUGCAGAUGAUAAAACUGACAAGAGGAUAUUCACUUUCAUAUGCAAAGAUUCUGAGUCAAAUAAACAUUUGUGCUAUGUAUUUGACAGCGAAAAGUGUGCUGAAGAGAUAACUUUAACAAUUGGCCAAGCGUUUGACCUGGCAUACAGGAAAUUUCUGGAAUCUGGAGGAAAAGAUGUUGAAACAAGAAAACAGAUUGCAGGAUUACAGAAAAGAAACUUAGUGUUCUCAUGUGACUUUGCUUCACUUCCUGAUGCUUCUCAUGGGGAUCAGAGCAGCAGAAGCAGCAGAUGCUGGAUUCAAGACUUAGAAACAGAAAAUAUGGAACUUAAAAACAAAGUACAAGAUUUGGAAAACCAGUUAAGAAUAACCCAAGUAUCAACAUCUCCACUGCUGCACAAAAUGUCCGAUCAUGAGCAACACGGGUUUCAGAGAUGCGCAUCCUCUUUCUGGCGUAGUAGUGAUGUUUCAUCUCCUUGUCUAAAUAUUUCUUCCAUUACUGUCACUCCUGUCAACUCGCCUGAUUCCAGACUCUCAUUGGGACUGUUAGUACCACCACCUUCUAAAUGUGGCCUUCCCAAGCCAGUCAGUGAGAGCAGCAUCCCAAGACCUCAUGCAGGCAGUGUGACACCUAAGUCACCCUCCACUGACAUCUUUGAUAUGAUUCCAUUUUCUCCAAUAUCACAUCAGUCUUCGAUACCUACUCGCAAUGGCACACAGCCACCUCCAGUACCUAGCAGAUCUACCGAGAUUAAACGGGACCUGUUUGGAGCAGAACCUUUUGACCCAUUUAACUGUGGAGCAGGGGAUUUCCCUCCAGAUAUUCAAUCAAAAUUAGAUGAGAUGCAGGAGGGGUUCAAAAUGGGACUAACUCUUGAAGGCACAGUAUUUUGUCUGGACCCGGUAGACAGCAGGUGCUGAUGCCAAGAACAAGAGAUCCCGAUUCACCUUAAAUUUGUUUUAUAGACAUAUAUAUCAUUCAUUAUUACUUUAUGACAGGAACUAUACAUGUGCCAAUAUAUUUUUGAAUAUCUAACUUUUUGAAAAUUAUUUCAGUAGAAUUUCCUCAUACCUUCUCUGUUGAUCUGUAAUGUUUUAUUUUAAAAACAACUUGCUGUAAGUAAAUCAUACUUUUAUGUUCCUUUCUGUUUCUGUUGUAGGUGAAUUUAUAAUCAAAAAACAAAUUAUGCAAGUAUCUGCCUUGUGUCUGAAUUAGAAAUAAUUAGCAUCUUGAAAUUUGUGUUCAUUCUCCAGGCUGCUAGUUUAUUACUGACUCCCAAAAGCCAUAUCUUAAUGAUACCUUUCAAAGUCCUGAGGAGAUAUACCAGUAUCAAUCUAAAUAUGCUCUAUAUUCAAACCAAUAAACAUGUUACCAUUCAUUAGACAGAUGCCAUUUUAUGUAUUAAAUGUUGUUCAUGUCAUUGGAAAAACGUAAACUUUGAAUAUAAUGCCACCAGGUCAUUUUUAACAGGUAAAAUAACAAAAAUCCUAUAAAUUCCAAUAAAAAUUAAACCAAACGUAUUUAGAGUAUUUAUUAGUAAGAGCAAGGUAAUAAUGUUAGUUACUAUGAGUUAUACUCUAAAUAUUUUAUUUAUUUAAUAAACAAAGAUCGUGGGGAAAAAAUGAAAAUUUUCUCUUUACAAAACAUUUAAAAUUUAAUUUCUAAUGGAUAGCUUAUAUUGCAACCAUCUAAACAUCAUCUGAUCUGAUGUUGCCUAAAAAAUAUUGGAAAUAUAUGCUGCCUGUAGUUGCAAUGUCUAUAGCCCAUCUUUACCAAAUAUAUUUUUUCUCGCUGAAUAAGAGUAUCCAAUAUUUUCUCCUUUGAUAAAGAUAUUUUCUCACCAAAGCUUAUUUUGUGAUGCUUCAUUAGUGUCGAUGCUUUAAAAUCUAUGGCAACUAUUCUUUAUGAAUCAUCAAACAUAUUUAGCAAAUUUAAUUUGUAUUUGUUUUGUUGAAGUGAGAAUCUCAUUUUUCACAAAAGUCAAGUUGCUGCUUAGUUUAGUCUAACGUGUACAAUAAAAUUUUCUUGCAUCUCAUUCUUGAUGUGCUGAUAAACCUUGACCUUUGAAAAUGUUUGUUUCCUAUCCCUUUGCCCGUUAUGUAACAGACUGUAAUUUGUACUUGCUGCAACAAAAAUGUGUGGUCAAAUUUAUAAUGUGAUUCAUCACGUUAUGGGAAAAAUAAGUUAAAUUAAUGAAAAUGUGAGCUUGGAUUGGGGUAGAUCUCAAAAAUAGAUUUUUCUUUUACUCAUGGAAAUUUUCAAGUGCUAAAGGUACAUUUUCACUAGGAAAAGAAAUCAAAUAUGCUUAUGCAAUAUUAUGUUUGUAUGUAUCUUCAUAAUCUUCUCCAGUAUAUAUAAACCUUCUUGUUUGUUUUCUGUUGUCUGCUAAGUUGUACCUUAAUUAGAAGGUAGUAUAUGUUUCAUAAAGAAGAGUCUUUAUAAUUUUGUUUGUCAUAUAGUAUUUUGGAAUUUGUAUAAUGAGGAUGUUUAGAAGCCAUAUCAAUGGCUUUUUUUAACAGAUAGAAUUUGUAUUUUUAUUGUUCUUUAAAAAGCUUUAUGUAAUAGGUAUAUAUUUAGUGGCCAUUUAUUAUCAAUGGUUAACACAAUAGAGUAUACUAAGAUGGUAUUUGCACAUUUAAGAUAUGUUACUUUACCAAUUUUUAAUGGUAAUCAAUUCUGCUACUGGCAUGAUUAAAUAGUACAUAAUUGGUCAUUAAUUAUGAACAUUUAUUUCACCAGUGCAUUUUUAUGAAGAUCCAGUUGAAAAUUGUAUUUCUAUGUAAACUCAAUGAUAUGUUUGACUUUGCCAAGAAUAAAUGAUUUUAAAUAAAUUGUAUAAUUUAUUCA